AUGACAGACUUACUCCAUAAACUAAAUUUCAAAAUAGCAGAUGCAUCACCCGAAUACAAAACAAGACGCAAAUACCAAAUGGUUCGAUUCUUUACAUUUUCUGCCUUGUCAAUAUUCACAUUACGAUUAAUCCACAAACAAACAAUUGUUCGGCAAUACAUCCCCACCUUGUUCCAACAAAACCAUCAGCCACCUACAUCAUACAACUUCACCACUGACGCCGCCGUCGCUGUCGGAGCAGGCACGUUGGCAUGUGGAUCAAUCCUGGGGAUGAUUAUAACGGGUACGGCAUGGAUUUUGGAUGUCAGUAAUUUCAAGGAAUUUGGGUAUAGGAUGAAGGGUUUGAUGGGUGGAUACGAGAAGGAGAAGGCGUUGAGUGAGAUGGAGGUUGAUGAGGAGACGAGGAUGUUGCAGGAUGGAUUGAAUGAUUUGCUUGAUGGGAAAUACGAUGAGAAUACUAGUGAGAUGAAAUGA